CCACUUAAUAGAAUCUUAUCCAAUUCAUCUCAUCUUCUAUCUAUCCUCUCGUCUUACACAACAACAGUAACAUUAUUCUUUUCUGUAACUCUCUAGUGCGACUCGACAAUUUGUUCAAACUUCAAAGGAUGAUUUUCGCUUGACGAUUUUGAUUAUAUAUUGUCCUGAUCUUAUAAUAUAUUUGAAUGGGAAAGGAACAAAAUAAAAAUCUCAAAAGCUUUAAUGCAUAAGAGAAUCGCUUUUUCAUUACAUUGAGAUAAAGCAGAGUUUCAGACAAAGAUGGUGGAAGGAGGAAUAGCCAAAGCAGACAAAACAGAGUUCACAGAGUGCUGGAGAACAACAUGGAAGACGCCUUACAUCAUGCGUCUCGCCUUCUCCGCCGGAAUCGGAGGUCUUCUCUUCGGCUACGACACCGGCGUCAUCUCCGGCGCUCUUCUCUUCAUCAAAGAGGAUUUCGACGAAGUCGACAAGAAAACAUGGCUUCAGUCGACGAUCGUCAGCAUGGCGGUGGCCGGAGCCAUCGUCGGAGCAGCCGUCGGAGGCUGGAUCAACGAUAGGUUCGGCAGGAGGAUGUCGAUCUUGAUCGCCGACGUGCUUUUCCUGAUCGGCGCCAUCGUCAUGGCGUUUGCUCCGGCUCCUUGGGUAAUCAUCGUCGGGAGAAUCUUCGUCGGGUUCGGCGUUGGUAUGGCGUCGAUGACGUCGCCGCUUUACAUAUCGGAAGCUUCUCCGGCGAGGAUUAGAGGAGCGCUUGUGAGUACCAACGGUCUUCUCAUCACCGGUGGACAGUUCUUCUCUUACCUCAUCAAUCUCGCCUUUGUUCAGACUCCGGGAACAUGGAGGUGGAUGUUGGGAGUUGCGGGAGUUCCGGCGAUAGUUCAGUUUGUGUUGAUGCUGUCACUGCCGGAGUCUCCACGGUGGCUAUACAGAAAAGACAGAGUUGCGGAGUCGAGAGCGAUUCUCGAGAGAAUAUACCCGGCGGAGGAGGUGGAGGCGGAGAUGGAGGCGUUGAGAGAGUCUGUGGAGGCGGACGAGGCCAUCAUCGGAGAUAGUUUUGGCGCCAAACUCAAAGGAGCGUUUGCGAACGCUGUCGUCCGACGUGGACUCGCGGCUGGUGUUACGGUCCAGGUGGCGCAACAGUUUGUGGGGAUCAACACGGUGAUGUAUUACAGUCCCUCCAUUGUGCAGUUCGCUGGUUACGCGUCCAACAGUACAGCCAUGGCUUUGUCUCUUAUAACUUCUGGUCUUAACGCGAUUGGUUCGAUUGUGAGCAUGAUGUUUGUGGAUCGGUACGGGAGAAGGAAGCUGAUGAUCAUCUCUAUGUUUGGGAUCAUAUCGUGUCUUAUUAUCUUGGCCACGGUGUUCUCACAAGCGGCCAUUCAUGCGCCCAAGAUCGAUGCAUUGGAGUCAACCACGUUUUCUCCAAACGCUACUUGUCCAGCGUUUGCGCCGCUCGCGACCCCAAACGCUCCUCCCUCGGGUUGGAACUGCAUGAAGUGUCUCAGGUCCGAAUGUGGGUUCUGCGCCAGCGGAGUACAGCCGUAUGCGCCAGGAGCAUGCGUGGUGUUAUCAGACGACAUGAAGGCGACGUGUCACUCAAAGGGAAGAACGUACUUCAAAGAUGGGUGUCCUAGCAAGUUUGGAUUCUUGGCAAUAGUGUUUUUGGGGCUUUACAUUGUAGUGUACGCACCAGGUAUGGGGACUGUCCCAUGGAUUGUCAACUCUGAGAUCUAUCCGCUUAGAUAUAGAGGUCUUGGAGGAGGAAUAGCUGCCGUCUCGAAUUGGGUCUCUAAUCUGAUUGUGAGCGAGAGCUUUCUCUCACUCACACAUGCGCUCGGCUCCUCUGGGACUUUCCUUCUCUUUGCUGGCUUCUCAACGGUUGGACUCUUCUUCAUUUGGCUGCUCGUGCCUGAGACCAAAGGACUUCAGUUUGAGGAGGUCGAGAAGUUGCUCGAGGCUGGCUACAAACCUAGUCUCUUACGGCGGAGGAACAAGGCCAAAGGUGCUGAUACGGCUUAAGAUGAAGUCUUAAAUUUUUUCUCUUUUCUUAUUAUUACUACGACCAAUUCCAAUUUCUUUUGUAUGAGUCUCAAGGAAUACACUGUAUCAAGAACUCUUUAAAACCUCAAAAGAAUACGUGAUUUAAUACAAAACUAGACCUUCGCGCGGAUA